AUGACGUCCUCCGAACCCGAUCCCCACGACGCCAACAGAACCCUCGCGUGGCGAAUACCUCAUCGGAGGACCUCCGGCCUGGAUCGGUGGGAACCGAGGGGCUCCGCCCCGCCAAUCCCGGCGGGGGCUUACCUCGACAGCGUCUGCGCGGACCUGCUCGACGUGGGAUUGCCGUCGGACAUGGGCCAUGAUCUGCUGGAGGAGGAGAAGACGGAGUCCUGCGUCAAGAAUGGCGAUUCACAUCCGUGUCCAAUUGGGCGUGACGACGUCUGUCUAGACGACAUGUUCCAUGAUAUCUUCGGGGACUGGCCGCUCACGGGCGAUCCAAUUCUGUGGGAUGACAUCCGCUCAGAGAACAGCGACGAUUACGUUGUCCCGGAGUCCGAUGAAUGCGAUAGGUUUGCAGACGUGAGAACAAAUUGCCCAGGGAGAAACAUUCCCAGGCAGCAAGCAAAGAAAAUAGACAACGCAUGGCUAAGGAGCAUCGCGGAACAGAACGAAAAAUACGACGCGCGGUGCCAGGAGAUUCUGCGCCAGAACGAGGAUGCCGAUCUCCCUCCUGUUCCACUAGAUGUGUUCCCUGAGGCAACAGGUUUAUGCGUGGAAAGGGGUUCCUACUACCACAUUGAAUACAUGACCCAUGACACUUCCACCACUAAUUCGGAUCUCGGAUAUAGCGGACCGGAACUGAUGCUACAGAUAUUUUCUCUGCGUUUAUCAAGCUUCUCUGCAUCCUAUUCUUGCCCCAUCAGUGUGUAUGGAGUAUUCGCUGUUCGGGAUGUACUGGAGCCUCUGCGGAACCAUGUCUUCAACCGUUCCAGAGAUGAUCCUGUCACUGUUGACCAGGAUCCUUUUACCUUGCCACUCUGUAGCCCUUGUCGAGGAAUGUACAUACCAUAUGACCAAGUAUUGCUAGAAGUUGAUCUCUGGAUAAAAAAGGAAGGGGAUGGGUCAGCCGACCAAAAAUUACUUUCCAAAUACCUUGAGCUCGAUGUCCGAACAGAAGGCGACGGGUUUAUAUAUGGUUGUAUCCCUGGGGACACUGUCAGCUUGGAAAUAGACUGUGCGUACCUCACAAAGAGUGUUGAGGCAGUGAUCGAGGUCUCUGCAGAGGUUAGCCGUCCUUGCCAUGUGAGAUUCGUCGCUUUCAGCAGUGGCUAUGACGAUGAGAUUGUGCUCUUCAACGGAAAAUUCACUGGGGAGAAGGUUUUCAAGCACGUUGUUGCUGUGAAGGCAGAGAGAGAACUGAAGGUUCAGUUAGAGGUGGAGGAAUCAGUUUUCCAGUGGACUUUUCAGGGUGGAAAUGCCGGACCUCUUAGCUCCCCCGAUGACUCGACGUUGAAGUAUGGCCAGUUUGAUGUGGGGGUGUGUUUUUAUCCAUCGACGGGCUAA